AUGAAUUCAACGAAGGACCAGAAGAAGAAUGUUGAGCGACUUGCACGGGUGCGUGAGAACCAGCGCAAUAGCCGAGCCCGGAAGCAGGAGUAUGUGAAUGAGUUAGAGCAGCGUCUCGCAGUGUGUAAAGAACAAGCCCACCAAAAAGACAUCGAGCACCGACUGGCAACGCAAAAGGUCGAAGCCGAAAAUCGGCAUUUAAAGGAUCUUCUGGGAUCACUGGGAGUUUCGAGUGCUUCUGUCCAGCAGUAUCUACAGGAAGCGGAUACGGGAGCAAACACCAACCGGAAGGUUGCUAUCCCUGCUAUUCAGCGAGCAGAAGGAAACAAUCCUCUGUCUAUAUCACGUCGGGAUACUCGCAGAUCAAAUUUGUCGAUGGCAGUACCUCGUGUCCACAAAGAGGAAUCAGAGACAACUGAACUGCCGACAGCGGUCAAUAGUACAUGUGCCUCGACAGUGGUAGAACCAACAGAUCAGUCAUCGAAGCAAACCCCACAAGAAGAAGAUCCGGCUUUGUGUGGAUGCCGGUCCGAGAGACAAAAUCCGGAAACAGUAUCGGAUGAAGAUGUGCUCAAUUCGACGCUGUGUGCUAUUGCAGAAGAAAUGAUCAAUCAAUACAAUACCAAAGGAAUUGAUGUUGAUGAGAUUCGACGAAGAAUUUGGUCUGGAUUCCGAGCAGGUGCAAAUGGCACAGGCUGCAGAGUUCAGAAUCACAUUCUGUUCCAAGUGCUAGACGAUAUCAGCAGUGAUGUUUGA